UGGCAACCCCCAGAGAACGGUAAACGACCAACCUGCCAAAAUGCACACACAACCAAACGUGCAAUUGCACCUCGAUCUGGAUUUGACGACGGACAUGACCAAGAAGACCAAGAACAAGUGGCUGCGCGAGCUCACAGACAUGAUGGAGAGGCACGGGUUCAAGCUCAAGCGCAACGAGAACCACCUCGUGUGGAGGAACGACCGCCUGAGCAUCCAAAUCGCAACGUCGAGCAGUCCCAGCGACUUGAACGCGAUCCGCCAAAUCGAACGGGACAUCAGGCGUAAGCUCAGCAUCGAUCAUCCGUGGUACAAGGUGCCCUGUGCCGCCUAAGUCGACAUGGCCGGACCAACACGACACUGCUGCUACUCGAAGCCGGGGCUGCAUUAUGGCAACUCUGUGUAUCGUAGCAUGCGAGUCGUACGCUAAGCAGUCUGAACAACGAUUUGAUUGCAUAUCUGUAUGAGAAGUCCAAAUUGAAGUCUAUGUGAUCGAUCAAGACGCCUUUCGAACGAGGGCGGAGCUGGCUUGGGUGGUCGACAUGUACGACUGCUGUAGUCGCUUUUCUCGCGCCAGCUUCUUCUGUAGCUCCACCGCCUUGUCGUUUCGGUUUCGCGCAUCGAUGUGCGCUAAGCCGAUCGAAGAUCCAUUUUCAAACACGCUUCGACUUUGGACAUGUGCCGGUCCAUGCAGCAGUUGGUUGGUCGUGCACCAGUCGAUGCUCUUGCCUUCCUUUCCUUCAGGGCCGUGGGGAAACAACAAGUUGUAGCUCAGUCCAUUCUGCCGCACAUAUGACUCCGUCAGAUCGUCCGUGCUCGGGGCCACUGUCUCGCGCGAUUGCUGGGUCUGCGGGUCCACAAACUUGGCUCGCAUUUCCGAAAUGCCAUUCAUCGCGCAUACCACGCUCUCCUGCGCUAACUUGGCGCCGUAUUGAUCCUCCACGUAAUUGCCGAUCUUGACGCCCGUGUUGAACGAGUUCUUGUGUCCGCUGAUGCCGUAGCCUGUUACAUUCAUGAUGGCGAGUCGGG